AAUCUCACAGCGUUAUAACCAGAGGAUCUCCAGUUACACAGCAACUGGUCUAGACACAGAGGAGUGGGGAGGAACAAGUGAUGCUGCUGUAGAAAGAGACAGAAAACUCAGUGCAGUGUAAGGGUCCAUCUUGCUGAACUGAUGGUAAUUCAGGUCAGGCCCAUACUGGCACUCCAGCUUUGAUUUUAUUCUGCUAAUUUUUAAAUUGCCUUUUUGCUCUCUAUUUUCAGUCCCAUGGCAACUGAGCUUUGCACUGGAUGUUUGGAUGCUCCUGAGGCAAAGAACCUGAUCUCCGGCCUUGGAGGAGGUUGAGUCAGGAGAGAAAUAACAGACUGAGCAUUUGGUCAAAGACUGAACUCCAUCUGUCUGGUUGGCUGGCAAAGGAGCACCCUCCAGACGACAAGGAUCCUGUCCUAUAAAUUAUACAAAAUUUCCUAAGUUACCUGGGAGCAGGAUCAGUGGCUGCUUGUUGGAGGGGGAAAGCUACAGUGAAGGUUAUUUACUAGACAUGACACACCUCUUGGCAGAACCAUGAGCACAACAUAACAUCCAGCGACUCAACAAUAGCACCAGAAUCCGUAGCAACAAGGACACAAUCCUACUGAUCCCUAAAGAACCAGAUAUAUUACAGAGCUUCCAAAAUACAAAGGAAUAUCCACGAUGAUCCCUUCAGCUGCAGCAACCCCUCCCAGCGACGUGCUUUUCCCCAGCCUGUCUUGUCAGGAAUUCUGGAGGUCACAGAUCUCAGGCUAUUCCGGAUCUGUCACUCGCCACAUCAGUCAUCGUGCCAACAACUUUAAAAGACACCCAAAGAGGAGAAAACACAUCCGCCCCUCCCCUCCACCACCCCCAAAUACACCAUGCCCUAUUGAUCUGAUUGACUUUGGGGAUCUCCACCCUCAGAGAUCUUUCCUAGAACUGCUGUUUAAUGGGUGUAUUCUCUUUGGGAUCGAGUUCAGCUAUGCCAUGGAAACAGCCUAUGUGACUCCUGUAUUGCUUCAGAUGGGGCUGCCGGAUCAGUUGUAUGGAAUAGUGUGGUUUAUCAGCCCAAUACUAGGAUUCCUGCUGCAGCCUUUGCUGGGGGCCUGGAGUGACAGAUGCACAUCAAGAUUUGGCAGGAGGCGACCCUUCAUUCUGGUCCUGGCAAUAGGAGCAUUAUUGGGGCUCUCACUUAUGCUGAAUGGAAGGGACAUUGGCAGCGCCUUAGCUGAUACUGUGAAUAACCAUAAAUGGGGGAUCAUUCUCACAAUCUGUGGGGUGGUCCUAAUGGACGUUAGUGCAGAUUCGGCAGACAAUCCCAGUCAUGCCUACAUGAUGGAUGUGUGUAGCCCAGUGGAUCAAGACAGAGGGCUUAACAUCCAUGCUUUGUUAGCAGGUCUUGGAGGUGGCUUUGGUUAUGUUGUUGGAGGAAUAAAUUGGGAUAAAACCAGUUUUGGAAGAGCUGUGGGAGGGCAGCUCCGUGUCAUCUAUGUCUUCACAGCAAUAAUAUUGACUAUCACUACUGUCUUGACUCUAAUUAGCAUUCCAGAAAGACCACUGCAGUCUUUUAGCAAGAAGAAAAAAGUGAUGAAGAGUCCAAGUCUUCCUCUUCCUCCUUCUCCACCUCUUUUGUUUGAGGAAGGUGUAAAUGAAAAUCUCAGUUUUACAAGUCCAAUUUCCCCUCUGAGCCCACUCACACCUAAAUAUGGCAGUUUUAACAGCAGAGACAACUCCUUGACAGGAAUUAAUGAAUUUGCAUCAUCAUUUGGGACCUCAAAUAUUGACAGCGUACUCAUAGACUGCUUCACAGGAGGGUAUGAUGGCUAUUUAGCAAUCCCAGCUAGCUUGCCGAGACAGGCAAUCAGUGUCAGCUUUCCCAGGGUGCCAGAGGGCUUUUACUGUCAAGAAAAUGGAAUCCUGGACCAAGGGGAGAAUUCUGUAAAUCCAGGGCCAGAUGGAGAUGCACUAAGGGUGGGUUCACUGGAUGCAAUAAAGCCACGAUCAAUAGGGAUUCUGAAAAGGCCUCAGACCUUGGCCAUUCCAGAUGUUGUCACAGGAUAUUGUCCAGAAAGUAGCAGGAGAAGAAACGUAACCUUCAGCCAACAGGUUGCUAUUAUUUUGCUGAAUGGUGUGAAGUAUGAGAGUGAGUUGAAUGGAUCAGGUGAGAUGUCUGAGCAAUCACUUUCCAUGAAACUUCUUUGUUCAACCAUCUGCCACAUGCCCAAGACUCUGCGUAACCUCUGCAUCAACCACUUCCUAGGUUGGCUCUCGUUUGAGGGAAUGUUGCUGUUCUACACAGACUUCAUGGGAGAAGUGGUGUUUCAAGGCAAUCCUAAAGCCCCUCACAACUCUGAUGAAUAUCAAAAAUACAAUGCUGGGGUCACCAUGGGCUGUUGGGGAAUGUGUAUCUAUGCAUUCAGUGCUGCAUUCUAUUCAGCCGCACUAGAAAAGCUGGAAGAAUACUUCAGUAUUCGCACCCUGUAUUUCAUUGCAUAUCUUGCUUUUGGACUUGGUACAGGCCUGGCUACACUCUCCAGAAAUAUCUAUGUGAUUUUAUCUCUAUGCAUAACUUAUGGUAUUCUGUUUUCAACACUCUGCACACUCCCUUAUUCUCUGUUGUGUGAUUACUACCAGAGUAAAAAGUUCGCAGGCUCGACUAUCGAUGGUACCAAGCGGGGGAUGGGCGUGGAUCUCUCUCUCCUGAGCUGCCAGUAUUUCCUAGCUCAGCUUCUCGUUUCCAUCGUGAUGGGACCCAUCACUUCCAUGGUGGGCAGCGCUAACGGGGUGAUGUAUUUUGCCAGCCUCGUGUCUUUCAUUGGCUGUUUGUUUUCCUCCCUGUGUGUCAUAUACGAGAUCCCAGCCAACGAGGAGCUGGCGGAGGAGCAGCAGCCGUUGGUGCGGAGCGCGUGAAGGGCAGGAUCGGCCGGCGGCGAGGGGCCCGGGGGCCGGGGAAGCGGCACUAAUCGUACGAGACACGUUACAAUAAAAGCAACUCAGAUGAACGGUGCUUGUGCCUCCGUAUCCCUCCGGGCGGCAGGUGCCGCGGUCCCUCCGGGGCGCUGCGCAGGCGGGCGGGGGAGGCGGAGCGGGGCUGUCCUGGAGGCCGCCCGGUAUCAGGGGAGAGGGGGAACCCCCCCAUUUCGGCCACGUCGGACCCAACUGAUUAGCACCGCCUAUUAUUCGCUGGUAGCCAAUAGACUCCGAGUAUCAGAGGGGUAGCCGUGUUAGUCUAAAUCUGUAAAAAGCAACAGAGGGUCCUGUGGCACCUUUGAGACUAACAGAAGUAUUGGGAGUAUAAGCUUUUGUGGGUAAGAACCUCACUUCUUCAGAUGCAAGACUCCAAGAGUGUUGUGACGUCACCUCUGAUUGGUUCCUGAGAUUGCGAGCCCUCCCUCAAAGGGGGCGGGGCGCCGCACUUACUCUGUCUCUCCGCCCCCCUCCUGUUGUCCUGUUCGGCAGCGCCCGCCCCCGGCCCCGCCCCUCGUGUCCGGGCUCCUCUCGUAGCGCUUCGCAGGCGCCGGUGUCGAGUGAGUCUGCGGGAGCCCGGAGAAUGGGGCUGAGCUCCCGACGCUGCCCGGCCCAAACCGCCGCUGGGUCCCUCCACCGGCUGCGGGCAUGUGGCCCCGGGGCGGGGGUCUUCAGAAUUCAUACCAUGAACACAGGAGCUUUGGUCCUCCAAGGAUAUGGGGGAUCGCAACAGAAAACCUGCUGUCUUUUCAGAGAACAUAUGUUUCAGUGCAAACUACUUGGUUGUUACCUAGAAGUUUUUCAGCUGGUUUGUGACGUGCUCCAACCAAUCCAGUGUUUGAGUCUCUCCGUGUUCAAACCAACAAUGAAAAAUUGCGGCUGUUUGGGAGUGGGUCAUAGCAGCCCACUUGCUCUAAAUACUUGCUGUCCCCUGUUCGUUUGUUCUAUGCAGCCACUAUACAAAAGUAGGGUUUGUGGCACAGCCACCAAAGGCAAGCCAGAUAGCUUCAUGCCCUCCGUGAUCAUUGUUCAUGAGCAGAUGUGCUGAAGGAAAGAGCACAUACCGUCCUGUCAUAAUAGUUUUCAGAUGUGCUUAGAAGUCUAGCCAAAUACUCCAAAGGCAUCAGGGAAAGGUUUUGGUUUCACUUAAUAAAACUGCAGUAACCUGCUCUUACACAGCAACAA